AUGCAUAUCUUCAUCCUCGGCGGAAGCGGCCGUACUGGCCAAGUAACCAUCGAUGAAUGUUUACGACGUGGCCAUACCGUAACCGCUCUGGUUAGGAAGAGCACCAGCCUCAUAGCGAGAUCCGGGCUCACGAUUGUGGAAGGUAUGAACGCUGAGAAGAACUAUUCAAAACUGUCACUAACAGUCCCAGGAAACCCUUUAAAUAAACCAGACAUCGAAGCAGCUUUCGGCUCUGCAACUGUCAAACCAGCUAUAGCCAUCAGCACCCUUGCCUCAGUCCGCGCCACAGACGGCCUUUGGGCACCUAUGGUGUCGCCACCUAGACUUAUGGCUGAUUCAGCUGCCAAUCUUGUUGCUGUCAUCAAAGAAUUGAAUUUGGUAGACACCACCAAGGUUGUCAUCUUGUCCGCUGCUGGGGUUGGAGAAUCUUGGUCAACCAUCCCUCUUGUCUUAAAGGCCGUGAUCCACCACUCGAAUGUGAAGCUCUCUUUUGAUGACCAUAAUCUGCUGGAGAAUGAAAUUAAAGCGAGCGGGGUCAACUAUGUGUUGGCCAAACCAACUAUGCUGAGCGACGAUGGCCCAAAACCGAUUAAGCACUAUGGCGAGAAUGGAAAGGGAUAUGGUAUGACUUCAAAAACCUCAAGGAAGAGUGUUGCUUGGUUUCUAUUAGAGGCGGCCGAAAAGAAUGACUGGGACAGGACUACGCCUGUAAUUGCAAACUAA